AUGGCCGAGACUAAGCCGCUGUGGGCGCCUGUCAAGUGGGCGCAGCGCAAAGAGGCGCUGUACGUUACGGUGGAUCUGCCAGACGUGAAGGACGAGAAAGUGACGCUGAGCAACACGAACUUAACGUUUAAAGGCACGAGCAACGGUCAGGAGUAUGAAGUAACACUGGACUUUUUCAAAGAAGUGGACGCUGAGUCGAAGGAGAGUAUCUGGGCCAAGACGGACCGCAAUCUGCACUUUUACAUUGUGAAGAAGCUCCAGGACGAGGAGUUUUGGCCGCGUUUGCUGGCCGACAAGCACUUGGAGAAGACCAAUGUCAAGGUGGACUGGAGCAAGUAUGUCGACGAGGACGAGGAAGAGGGACAAAGUGGCUUUGACAUGAGUGCGCUCAAUGGCGGCGGCGGCUUUGACAUUAACCAGAUGAUGGCGGCCCAAAAUGCAGCUGGCAUGAUGGGGGGAGACGGCAGCGACAGUGAGGACGACGAUAUGCCGGACCUGGACCCGAAAGAGGACCCGAAGGAGGACCAGUAG